ACCAAAUUACCAAACUCAAACGUCACAAAUUGUUUAGACUUUAUUUAGCUUAGCUUUUACAGUUUUAUACUUAAUUUUCUCUUCGCAUUAUUGUUCUUUCCAAUUCUAUUUUACGCUAACUACUAGUUUAUUAGUAGUUUUAAUAUAAUGUAUAAUUUACAGACAUUUAAAUGAAAGAUCAGCCUGGAGAUCCCGACAGGAUGGGGAUUAUGUAUGAGAAACGGCCUCUAAAGAGGCCCCGUCUGGGGCCUCCGGACGUUUAUCCUCAGGAGCCACGGCAGAAGGAGGAUGAGCUUACGUCGACGAACGUAAAACAUGGAUUCUCCACCACGCCACAAUCCACUGAUGAAUUUGGUACCGCUAGGCACACCAACUACUCAGCUAGCAAGAUUGGCCAAUUCUUCUCUGGUAUCCUGUCGAAAAAAGAGGAGCUGAACACUCUCCCUGACUGCGGCAGGAAGAGGCAGCAGGUCAACCCUAAAGACAACUUCUGGCCGGCGACCGCCCGGACCAAACCUCAGAUUGAGGCCUGGUUCAAAGACUUAGCUGGCAGCAAGCCACUAUCCCAGCUGGCGAAGAAAGCACCCAACUUCAACAAGAAGGAGGAGAUCUUCAUCACGCUGACGGAGUACCAGGUGGCCAUGCCGCGCGCCGCCUGGUUCAUCAAGCUGAGCUCCGCCUACACGGUCGCCGUCUCCGAGGCCAAGAUCAAGAAGAGGCAGCUGCCUGAUCCUACUACUGAAUGGACCACAACACUGAUCAAGUUCCUGAAAGAUCAGAUCCCCAAGUUGGCGGAGUACUACCAGAAUGCAGCCUCCGGCAACGUGCCCGACAAGACACCUCCCUCUCAGUCAGGUCCAGGCACACCAGGCCACAACUCGUCCGGGAACCCGCCCGGAGGCUCCACGCCCACCAGCACCGUGCCGCCCUCCAUGCACUCUCCAGGAAACUCCAGCACUCUAGGCGGCUCGACCCCCGGCCACGGCGACAGCGCGUCGGACUGGCGCCACGCGCUGCGGCUGUGGCAGUACUGCUGCCGACUCGCCAAGUACCUGCUUGAUGAGGGGCUGCUGGACAGACACGACUUCCUCACGUGGGUGCAGGAGCUGCUGGACAAGCGGUCGAGCGAUGAUCCGCUGUUGAGACUAUUCCUCCCGCUGGCGCUCCAGCACAUGUCGGAGUUCGUGUGCUGCGAGAACCUGUCCCGGCGGCUCGCCACCACGUGCGCCAAGAAGGCGGCCGCCAUCUGCUCCGUGCUGUCCGACACCACGCUGCGCGCGCUCAACCAGCCCGCCGUGUUCAACAAGACGGAGAGACAAGGAGAAACCAACGGCGUCCCGAUGUCUCCGAUGCCGGACGCCGGCGACGUGAAGCCCAACGUGGCCAACAUCAAGCGGUCCACGACCCCGGCGGAGCAGGCGCAGGGCACGCCCAACCCCGCGCACUCGCUCACGCCCAACCCCGUCGGCACGCCCAACCCGCACCAGCCGCCUGAGGUGCAAGUGAAAGAGGAGAGCGGGCUGUCCCCCCGCGAGCAGAAAGCCACGCUGACGGCGGUGAUCGCGGCGGCGCUGCACCCGGUGCAGGCCGGCUUCGGGGAGAUCCUCAACUGUCCGUACCACCGCGACGUCAUCAUGCAGCUCGGGACCAUACUGCAGAUAAUCAGCAUAGAAUGCCCGUCGGCGAUGGUGUGGUCGGGCUGCGGGUCCGCGCUGCAGGGCUCCCCGCUGGAUCUGCUGCCGCUGCCGCCGUCCGCGCUGCCCAUGCCGCACAUGGACUCCGCCAGCACCGAGCUGCACCGCCGCAUGGUAUAUGAAGCGGAACAAGAGAUUGCAACCAGGAGCAAGAUAGCCGAGAGCAAGUGGUGCACCGACAAAUGGCAGACUAGCUCACAAGCCCGCGUGCUAGCUGUCCUAGAAGCGCUGGACCGCCACUGCUUCGACCGAGUGGACCCCAAUAACAACCUGGACACGUUGUACAAAGAAGUAUUCGCUAACUGCACCCCGCCUACUAAGGACAAUGUGGUCGAUACCAAGGAUCCGGAGUGGCCAUGUUCGUACGCCGUGGUAGCGGUUCUGUGCGAGUGGGCGGUGUGCUCGGCGCGCUGGGGCGAGCACCGCGCCAUGGCGUGCGCCGCGCUGCUGGACCGCCGCCAGCAGUUGCUGCAGCACGACCACCACGCCAUAGGUUCUGACGACAAGGAGUCGGUGAGCUCGGGCACGGGCUACAGCGGGCCGCCCAUCUUCCAGAACCUUCUGCUGCGCUUCCUCGACAACGACGCGCCCGUACUGGACGAGAGCCCCAACGCGCCGCCGGGCAACCGCACGCAGUUCGCCAACCUCGUGCACCUGUUCGGCGAGCUCAUCCGCCGGGACGUGUUCUCGCAUGACGCCUACAUGUGCACGCUCAUAUCUAGAGGUGACCUAGUAUCUCCGACGGAGCCAGCUAGCUCGCACCCCGCGGCGCCCGCGCCCGCCGCGCCCAGCAACCACAACAUGGACGACGACAUCUUCGCCGGCAUCGACCUCAAGCCCAAGAUGGAGGAGAACGUCCGGAUGGACUUGGACGACUCAAAGAUAGACGACGACCUGGACAAGCUGCUUCAGCACAUCAAGGAGGACCAGCAGAACUCCAUGGACGCGCCCGACAGCCCCAAGGACCCGGGGGAACCCUCGCACAGUGUCAGCUCACCUAUGAUGGGACCAAGCGGGAUGAGCAUUCCCGGCAUCCAAGCCAUGGGAAUGGGCCCAAUGUCAGUACCAGGGAUCCGCACGCCAGCCGGCCCGAGCAGCGCGUGCGGCCCCCCCGCCGCCGUCUCCCGCCACUACCACUACACGUGGCACUUCCCCCUGCCCCCCGGCGAGCCGGACCAGGCGCCGCACGACGCCAACCAGAGACACAUACUGCUGUACGGAGUGGGCAGACAGAGGGACGACGCUAAACAUCAUGUCAAGAAGAUUACUAAAGAAAUCUGCAAGCUCUUUUCAAAGAAGUUCUCAAUAGACGUCGCGGAGGGCGGCAAAAUAAAGAAGCAUUCAAGAAGUGAAUUCAACUUUGAAAAUGUUACGCAGAAAUUUCAGGCGAUGUCGAUGUACGAGCAGGGCGCAGUAUCUUGGGCGGUGGGCGGCGCGGUGUGCGAGGCGCUGGCGGCGUACGCGGCGGGCGCCACGUACCUGCCGCAGCCCGAGCACGUCGCCUUCGCGCUCGACCUCAUGGAGAUCGCGCUCAACGUGCACGGCCUCAUCGAGACCUGCAUCCAGAUCCUCAAAGAACUGUCGGAAGUGGAAACAGCGUUGAUAGCGCGGGGCGCCCCCAGCAACAGCGUGGCGGCUCCCCGCGCCUACACCUCGGCGCUAGCGCUGUACACCGUGGGAGCCCUUAGGAGAUACCACUCUUGUCUACUACUGUGCGUGGAACAAACGUCGGCGGUGUUCGAGCAGCUGUGCCGGCUGGUGAAGUGCGUGGUGAACCCGGGCGACUGCGGCUCGGCGGAGCGCUGCGUGCUGGCGCAGCUGCACGACCUGUACAAGGCGGCCGCGCAUCUGUGCCACGCGCCGCACGCAGACACCUUCGCCAAUGCCUACCCCAAGAUCAAACAAGCGCUGUACUCGCCUCUACAGCCUGUGCCUUCAAACUACACGUAUAAUCCACAAUUUCUGAGCGAAUUUUUCACUAAUCCUAGAAAAGGUAAGAUAGAGUUGUCGUGGGCGCGGCAAGUCGCCGAGUCUCCGGCCAACAGAUACAGCUUCGUGUGUUCAGCCAUGCUCGCCGUUUGCAGAGAGGUCGAUAAUGAUCGCGUGAACGAGCUCGGCGUGCUCUGCGCAGAGAUGACCGCGUGGUGCAGCGGCCUCGCCGCCGAGUGGCUGGGGGCGCUGGUAGCACUAUGCGGGGCGCAACACUACCCCGCCGCCCCGCACGCCGCGCCGCCCCCGCUGUACCCCGACCUGCUGCAGCACCGCGACCUGCACGACGCCUCCGCCAGCGACGCGCUCGCCGUCUUCACCUGCAUACUAGUGGCCCGCCACUGCUUCUCGCUCGAAGACUUCGUGCGCCACGCGGCGCUGCCCUCCCUGGUGAAAGCCUGCGGCGGCGGCGCGGCGGGCGCGCACCCCGCCAACGCACCCUCGCCCGACGCCGGCGCGCGGUUGACGUGCCACCUGCUGCUGAGGCUGUUCAAGACGCUCGAUACGCCGCAGCCAGGUCUAUACAGCGUGUCGACGUCCCCCGGGCCGGGCGGCGCGGCGGCGGGCGUGCGCCUGUCGUGCGACCGACAUCUGCUGGCCGCGGCACACAAGAACAUCGGAGUAGGACCCGUGUUGGCCACGCUGAAGGCUAUUCUUAUGGUGAGCGAUUCAACAGCCCGCGACGGCGGCAAGCCGGGAGGCAAGAAGUCGUGCGAACUGUCGCACAUUCUAGGCACCAGCGACGCCGUGCCCACCGACGCACAACUGGACCUCAUGUCGAUGGUAGACUCAGAGAUGAGUGCGGGCCAUAGAACUCCUAGGGGCAGUGGCGGCGUUGGUUCCACGCUUCUAGAUUCUUCUCAGUCGCUAUCAUCAUUAGCCCGGCGGGUUCUCGCGGAGAUUUGCUCCGAGGAGUGGGUUUUGCAGAAGUGCCUGCAGAACCCUGACGAGCUGUACCAACCCGACAUGCUGCUGGAUUCUAUGCUGCAGCCUCGACAGGCGCAAAGGUUGCUGCAUAUGAUCUGCUAUCCUGACUCAGCGAGCCACACGCAUCCCGACCUCGACCAGAAAACCAUGAUUACUCGACUACUAGAGAACCUGGAGCAGUGGUCUCUGCGCAUGUCGUGGCUGGACCUGCAGCUGAUGUUCAAGCAGUUCCCGCACGGCUCCACCGAGCUCAACGCGUGGCUCGACACGGUCGCGCGCGCCGUGCUCAACGUGUUCACGUGCGAGAAGGACAGGGCGGGGUCAGAGCGUGGCGGAGGCAAGUGGUCGGAGUCGGUGUGGCUGGUGGCGCCGCUGGUGGCCAAGCUGCCCGCCGCCGUGCAGGGCCGCGUGCUCAAGCAGGCUGGACAGGUUCUGGAAAGUGGGUGGGGCGCGGGUUGCAGCGGCAACUGCGGCGGCGGCGGCGGCGGCAACAGCGGCUCUCACCGCGACUGCAAGAGCCACCAGAGCCCUAGUUAUAAGGGUUCGUCAAGCGGCGGCAGCGGCGGCAAGCGCGGCGUGGCGGGCGGCGCGUGCGGCGGCGGCUGCGGCUGCGGCGUGGGCGCCGGCGUGCGGGUCGCACACGAACCCCUGCUGUCUCUAGUGCUCACGUGCUUGAGGCAUCAGGACGAUCAGAAGGAGAGCCUCCUAAGCUCAAUCCACGCGCAACUCCAGCACUACUUAACCCACGCUCGCGACCACGACCGCUCCAACUGCAACGACACUCUGCAGGACGAGGCGGCACCCGAGGCGCUGCAGCUGCGCUUCUCAUUGGCUGGCGGCAUGUUCGACGCGAUCCGACGCUCCUACCAGCUCACUUCUGAUUGGGCGGUGCUGCUGACGCAGCUGGUCGCGCAUCAGCUGAUUGAUUCAUACAACAAUAGUCUGUAUCGCAGCAACCUGUUCACAACAUUGCUCGAUAUGUUGGCAACCCUGAUUCACUCGACGCUGGCGGAGGGCGGGGACGACAGCAACCGGAAACAUUACCAGAAUCUCAUGAAGAAGCUGAAGAAGGAACUGGGAGACAGGCACGGACCCUCGGUGCAGUGCGUGCGACAGCUGUUGCCGCUGCCCAAGAAUACCAUUAUUGAGGUAAUCGCGUGCGAGCCGAUCGGAUGCCUGGUGGACCAAAAAGGAAACAAGAUUACUGGCUUCGAUAAUGACAAGAAGCAGGGUCUCCGUCUGACGGAGAAGCAGCGCGUGUCGGCGUGGGAGCUGGUGGAGGGCGGGCGCUCGCCCGCGCCGCUGUCCUGGGCCUGGUUCAGCGCCACCAAGAUCGAGAGGAAGCCGCUCACUUACGAGAACGCACACAGAUUACUGCGGUACCACACGCACAGUCUGGUGAAACCGCUUAGCUACUACCUGGAACCGUUGCCGCUGCCUCCUGAAGACCUUGAAACUAAUGACAGUAAAGCGGAUAUCCAAGGCUUCGACCAGAGUCCUAACGGCACAAGAACACGGAAAGGAGCUAAAAAUGGCGCCCCAAAAGCGAAAAAAGCCAAACCCACCACACCUACGUCAAGCGGCGCGUGCACGCCGCAGGGCGGGCCGCCGGGGCUGGCGCCGGCGCAGCAGCCGCAGUUCAUGCAGCAGCCGCAGCAGUGGUUCCCGCAGCCGCCGCAGCAGACCUACUACCAGAACGCGCCAGGUGCAGGCGUCGGGCGCGGCGUAGGCCCUCCGCUCAACAACCAGUCGAAACAGGCGCUCAGCAACAUGUUGAGACAGCGACUACCCUUCAACAACAUGACGCAAAUGCAGCAACCAACCGGUGGUUACCCCGGCGCCCCGCACCCCCGCGCACCCUUCCCCCGCCAGGGCAUGCGGCCCAUGCAGCCCGGACAGAUGCAACCCAACCAAAUGGGUCAGAUGGGAAGUAUGGGCGGCAUGGGUCCAAUGAGUCAAAUGGGUGGAGUUCAGAUGGGUCCAGGCCAAAUGGGAGCCGGACAGAUGGCACAAGGUCAAAUGGGGCAGGGUCAGAUGGGACAAGGGCAAAUGGGGCAAGGCCAGAUGGGCAACAUGGGUGGACAGAUGUUCGCGGGACAAUACGGUGGAAUGCAACAGGGGUACGGAUACCAGCAGCAAAUGAUGCAGGGCGGACAGCAGCAGAUGAUGAACCAGGGCAUGGGGCAAGGUAUAAACCAGAUGUCCCAGCAAGUUUCGAUGGGUCAGCAAGUGAAUCAGAUGGGCCAAAACGUAAACCAAAUGAAUCAAGGAGUGGGGCAAUCGAACCAAAUGGGACAGGGUAUGGGACAGAUGGGUCAGGGUAUGGGUCAGAUGGGCCAACCAAUGGGGCAAAUGGGACAAAUGGGUCAAGGUGGCGGUAUGGGCUCCAUGGCCAACCAGGGAGGGUCUAUGGGACCGCAAGGGGGUAACGCGAUGGGUGGAUUCCCUGGACAGCAAUCAUUCCAGCCGAAUAUGAUGGGCGGAAGAACGAGUCAAGAAGCUUACUUAGCACAGCAGCGACAAAACGCCCGACCACAGUAUAUUCAACAAGCACCGAACGUCACAAUGGGCGGCAUGGGCGGGCCGGCGCCGCCCUACCCGCGCGGCAUGCCGGCCGGCGCCCCAGGCCCGCAGUACGGCCAGAUGACGCAGCAGCAGCGCAUCCGGCAGCAGAUGCUGGCCAUGCAGCAGCAGCAGCAGGGCCCGCUCGUGCAGCAUCUGCAGCGGCAGCAGUACCAGCCGCAGUAUUAAGGGCUUAGUGUAGGUUUUUAGUAAGCGUUCGAGCAGUGAGAAUCAACGCAAAUGUGUAUGGCGUAGACGCAGUGCAGCUCGACUCCUGCGUCAUACAAAUUUGCGUUUACUGCCACUAUUCGAACGGUGUAAAAACUCGCUCUCCAUCUGCUAAAGUGGGGGGAAAUCAUGGUGGUAUAGAUGGCAUUGUAAGAAAUGACGUGUCGUUGAAAUGUAAUCGACUGUUCAAAUCUUGUAGUCGAGAAGUGGGGACACGGUUCGCGUUUGUAAUGACUAACGUGAAUAUUUCAAAAACCAUUACUGUGUUCGGUUCAAGAAAUUUGUAAUUUAUCUAUAAAUCAAAUAUCGUCUAACCAGCUCCUCACAGGUAUAUUUGUACUCGUAGAUUAUGUACCUACUUUUAAUAUCAUUAGAUCUCCAUUGUGUUGGUUUAUUUUCAUAUUGAUUUAGUCUACAUAAUUAUUUUCUAUUAUAUUUUAAGUAAGACCUAUCAUCUUUGUAUAAAUUUUAUUAGAUGAACCAAUCAAAGAUAAAGGAAUACUGUUUAGAUACAUAUAUUUUUACAUAGGAGGCUUAAUUAGCAGAUAUAAUAAUUGUAUUUAAUCAUCAUUAGGUUCAUAGGCCGAUAUUCCGGGUAUUUUGUAUAAUUUUUAGGCUAAGGUAUUUUUGUAUUUUUAUUUAUACGUGUAGUACAAUGAAGCGAAGUGUAUUUCGGUAUCAUAGGUUCAUUUCUAAGUAAGUAUUAUUUAGAGGAUGAAGUUCUGUAAAUAUUGUUACAUAUAAAUAAAAGUAAUAAAUAAUUAAGAAAA